AUGCUGUCCUUCUCCAUCACGACUUCCCCCCCUCCAACACGACUUGCCCCCCCUCUAUCACAACUUCCCCCCCAACGAGGCGUGUUUUCGAAACACUUCUCAUUGAUGCAAAACAUCUUCGCACUUCAAUAUGGCGAAUCCUCACUUCACAACGCCGUCAAGGACCUGGCAAUUAUUGCCAAUUUUGGCCUUUUUUCAGUGCCAAUGUCGUUCUUUCCCAACAUCAUUCUUGUCCUCAGCGCCCAUCGUAUCUUGACCAGUGACCACGCCAUCUGUCAUUAUCACUGCUGCUACCAUUUACGCCGCAAGUUGCACCCAACACCCAAAAAACUGUACACCAACACCUUCCUCAUCGUGCCCUCCUUCUCCUACGCUGCCUCUGCCUCCCAGCCAGUAUUUGCACCAUCAACAGAAGCCCCCAUGGACAUUUUCGAUGCGAGCACUUCAGAUAGUGUCGUUGAUCAUACCACCGCUGAGGUAGAUCAUUGGCUGGGUGCUGGUGCCAGUGACGAUAUCGCGUCCAUGUGCGUUGACGCCGCGUUAACGCCAGAGGAUGACACAACACCUUCAAGUGUUGAAGAAACCUAUCACCCAGAUGGGAAAGACGUCAAUGUUGGUGACACGGAAAUGGCUCCCGUCGCAAACGUUAACCCCUUCCCUCCACUUAACCCUUAUCCUGAGUUUACGUUCCCACCAGCUCCCUCUUUUCCGACCAGCCUUCCUCCUUGUGGUCCAGCUACCACUUGCCCCCUUCCAGCCAAUCUGUCAACAGAUUUUUUAGACGAUGAACCUGACUACAACGCCCCUGCCGAAGAUGAAGACCCUGAUAUCUUUCCAGCAUCUGAUGCGGGCGACAUGUCACCUGCAGGAGACGACUCCGCCUCAAGUGAGCAAGGUGCCCAUCAGCCAUCAGGCCGGAUCUCGACAGCUACUUGGGAGACACUAUGCGCCGGGUUUCAGAAACUGGACGAUUUGAUUGAUAAGCUCUCGCAUGAGACUGGACACACUUCGGACAAUAUAAUCGGCCUUUGGAAUGGUGAUGGAUUAAUGACACAAUGGCGAACUGUAAGACAUGUUGGGAGGGUUUCAAGAGAGAUCCUCGAUGCCCAUGAUGAGAUGCUGACAGUGUCCAGGGCCCAGUUGACCAUCAACAACUGCACACGCAAAUUCAACACCUUGAUGAGGAAGUACAAAAGCCUCGCCAAGAACGCUUCAGCAAAAGAUGGGUUCGAGUCUUUGCUGGUUGUCGUUGGCAAUUCCAUUCACAAGGACAUGGGGCUCACGGACUUGUACAUUUCGCCAGGCGCUGAUAAGUUCUUAGAAGAUCGCCUUUGCUUCGAUGAGAGCACGAUGACUGGAUUAUUCAGGAACCACGUCUGCAAUUGCGUUUCAGUUGACCUACAAGAGCGGCUGGAGAAGGACCGGCACUCUCCAUCAGACUCAAGCUCUUCAUCGACAAAUGUCCGUAAGGGUGACAAGGACAAAGUGGAUGAGAAUUCAAUCCCGGCAGCAAAAACUGUCAUCAAAGCCGGGAUUCGAAAGGUGCUAGAGCCAUUCUCUCUCGGUAUAAGCCUCGAGGAAAUCCCUUGGGCCAAACUGGGCGGAAGUCUCACAUGCGCUGGCAUUAGGAUUGAGAACUGGCCAAGAGGCGUUCCUUUUCCGUCUGCACCACCACCCAAAAGAGAUGUUGCACCUGGGGCCACCGUGGUGAAGCGCAAGCGCCUUACGAGCCAGGGGAUCAAAGACCUGGGUCAUCGUGGAAUUCGGUUGUUCACAGAGUCUUUUGGGAGUGAUGCCACGAAGAUUCAUGUGGUUACUGCCAAGUCUGAGUCCCUACUCGCCUCCAAGAUUCCUCUGUUUGUGGAAGCCCCCCCAGGACCUGGCUCCCUCAACGUCAUCUGCCGUGCCUUCUAUAACGGCCACAAAGACUUCCUCACACCUGGUGAUAGAGACUACAAGGCCAUCUCCGGCCUGCACGUGGAACGUGAGAUCAUCGAAAUCACAUCAAGUCCCCCAGCAGAGACAUCAGCUGCUCCACGCCGUACACACUCCAAAGUUAAAAAAGAAAAUCCCCCUGACACUUCGCUUCUACAACCUUCAAAGAAACGCGUACCGAAGAAGUCGAAGGAGAUGAUCACGGACAGUGAGGAAAUCAGUGACGAGGAUUAUGACCAUGAACACCUGGAGAAAAAAGGGAAGUUGAAGGCAACGGCAACGGCAACCAAGGGAAAAGGCAAGGACAAAAUGGCUCCUAUCGAUAUUGAUGCCCCACCAGUCAUCCCACCCAACAAGUCUUCGCGCAAGUUUGCACCAACCCCUAUUGCAACAGAAGCGAACUUGGGCCCACCCACCGACAAACCCAAGGUUGUUUUCAAGCCAAUCUCGUCGUUCAUUGCAGCUAUGCAGGCUGUUGCGGCUGCAGCAAAAGCUAAUACAGCGACCAAUGCAGGGGGUGUUGCUAUGGCAAGCGCCAUCACUGCAGUUGCCAAACCCACACCACGCCCUGUCAAGAAACCAAUGGUGCCCAUCUUUGACCCAGGUGACCCUUUCCUCAUCAUGGGCGAUUCUUUCCUUGUCAAACCCGCCGUUUCCACCAACGAGGGACUCCUUCAAGGCCCUGCACAACCCAGACACGCAAAGGCUCAAACUCCUCAACAUACAGAGGCGACUGCUCCUCCAAUCAUCACCGAUUCCACUACGACGAUGGCCACUCACAAAAAACCUUCCGCCUUUGGUCCCCCUCGUCACCCCAGCACCGCUCCAUCAUCUUCGUCCAACGCUUCAAAGUGUGCAGGGGAUGCGGAAAAAGUCACCAACAUCAUCACAGCAAAGAGGUUUUGCGGUGCCCUCAAGUCACCAAGUCCUGAGGGAGCCAUGGGAGUCCAGGCAAUGCAAGAUUCAAGCAGUUGUGAACGCAUGGCUGUUGAGGAACCAGCAGCCUCCUCAGCAGCCCAGCCAGCAGCCAACACAUCUGCUCAGGGUUACCAGUGGCCCUACGGCCCCUACUAUCCACCCUUUGGCUUUCCUCCAGCACCUGGUUGGAAUUACCCAUUGUGGAACCAAGACCGUCCUGCAGGGAGUGCAGGGGAUCCAGCACCUGCCUUCCCCUUCCCUGCACACCCUAUGAUGGCAGGGGAUUCAGUGCCUCCCUUCCCCUUCCCUACACACCCUAUGAUGCCCUUUCCGCCAUUCUAUCCAGGCACUGCCGCCAAUUCUGCAUCUGUCCCAGCAAAGCCAGCUGAAGGAGAGCCUGGCCCCUCGCGCUCAACUUAG